AUGAUCCAGGAGAAUAGAUCGCUUUGGGGGAUUUUUCGAAUUGUUCACUCACCUGUGAACGCAGAAGUGAACCUCUCCAGAACAAAUCCAUUUCCUCUUUGGAAUAACAGUGAAAGGGAUGUUGCCGCAGCCAAUCAGAGAGCGAUCAAACGAUUUUCAUGUGUGGUCAUUCGUGGGAUACUAGACGUAUAUAAAGCAGAAGGAAAAGAAAAUCAAGAACCUCAGAUUUCAGUUGAGAAAAUUGGAAUAGUUGUUACUGUUCUACCUUCUGGUAAAGACAUGGAAAUACAGAUUUUGCUUUUGAUAGCGGUCCUCCCCUGUUGCUUAGCCGAACUUCUUCGAUUAGAGUCAGCACUGGAUGAAGGACCACCGCAACCUUACACUUUCGGCUACGAAGUGCACAAUCACCAUGGUGACCAGUGGAGAUCCGAAGUGAGUGACGGUUUCGGCCAUGUGCACGGAUCCUACGGCUUCGUGGACAAUGACGGGAUGCACCGGGAAGUGCAAUACAUCGCUGAUGACGGUGGGUUCAGGGCCAAAAUCAAGACAAACGAGCCCGGCAUGGACAUGCCCAACCCCGCUGACGUCGUCAUGGUGGCCACCCCUCCUUCGGACUACGACGCUGCUGUGUACGGUCUAGAGAGAGUGCAUCCCAUCCCAAUGAGGUCCAACAGGGUGGAGACCCAGAGGAAAACAUUUCACAGGCAACGCAAAUUCUCCCCCCGAGUGCCACCACCAAUAUAUGUGAGAAAUGGCAACUUGCAGAGUCCCUGGUUCCCCAUGCAUACGGUUGCCAAUGUUUGAAGAAAGAUGUACUUGUUGACUAUUGCAGCUGACAAUAUAUAUUCUGGCAAUGCAUAAUACAACAAUGGUAGUAUAAAUACGACAGUAGUAUAAAAGCUACAAACGGACACAUUGCUGGUGAUGUGACAUGCAUAUCUUAAAGCUACUGAUUCUUCAGUUCCACUCUUAGUUAUGUUUUAUUGUAAAUAUAGUA